AUGGCGACAAAAACAAGGUCAAAAAAUCACCAGGGGAAGGAAAACGACGAACUUUCAUCAUUGAAACCGGUGAGUGCAAACAAUAAAUGGUCUCAGAAUGAUGACAACAAAGCUGCGAAAGAACAAACGGCGUCCUCGAUAACUUCACCUUCUACAAUAAUUAAUCCAGUUCUUCAAGAAAUUAACGUGAACAAUACACUCAGUACGUCUAGUAAUGUUGAAUCAAUGACCCAAUCCAACCAAACGAAAUAUUACAUUCCACCCCUGCACUCUGAUGAGAGUGAUUUUGAUGAUUCCGACUGUGACCCUCAUUUUAUUCCUGGUUCAACCAGUAAAGCUCCGAGUUUACUUCGAAGUGGUGCGACAAAAUCGUCAGGUAGUUCUUCGUCAAGUAUCUCUUCUUCCAGUAGCUCUUCAUCAAGUAGCUCAGAUCAGGAAGCUGAGAAUGCCUUAAGUUCCGUUGCAUCAACUAGUAGAUCAGCAAUUCAAACGGCUACAGAGUCAAAUGUUCCCUCAGAAGUGCAGCACAACAGAAAAGGCAAAAAGAGGGUACGUAAUGUAUUAAAUUGGAAAACUAAAAUAGCUAAAACACUUCGCAAUACUGGUAAAGCAUACCAAUCAGCGACUAACAAACCGGUACCUGCAAGGAAGAUGGGACCGACAUGUGGCGAAAAAUGCAGUUAUGACCGUCGUCAAAAUUGGUCAGGAGAAAUUAUUAACGCCCUGCUCAAAUUAGAUGAAAUGUAUACAUAUGUUGACCUCUCUGAAAAUUUUGCGAAACUGAAGAAGGUCUAUGGUUAA